AUGUCCCAUAGUCAGAAAAAAUUGAUUCAACCCUCUUUCUCAACAGGUGAUAUUUCUAGCGCUUUCUUUCGUCGCAUCUCCACCCAAGCUUUACAAAUUAAAAGUAUUUUCCUACACGUCGUUGGCUUGGGCCAACCUCCCAGUGAUACGCAAAAAGCUGGCCUGGUGCGUGACUCCUUCGGGUUGCACAAAAUGUUGGUGGUGCUGACACGUAGCGGUAAAAUCUUUGGCAUCGAUAACAUUAAUGGUAAACAUCAUUGGCAACAGUAUUUGCGUGAUGUACAAAAUUUUGUGAAUCAGGAACCAAUGCGUUUGCUGGUACAACGUACAUCCAAGCACUUUCCGUUGCAACCACUAUGCACUAUUGUAGCAAAGGAAAAAUCAACUGGCAAUGGUGUACUCUUCCGCUUCAAUCCCAUUAAUGGCAAACCGGCCGAAGGUGGCCUAUUAAAAUUGAAUUACAAAAUUAAGCAACUAACAUUGCUCGCGGAAUCUGAGAAAGAGUCUAUUAAGGGACUAUUGCUGCUUGAUGCCCAAAAUAACGUCGCCGUAUAUCCGCAAUACGUGCAAGAACUGGCACAUGAGAUGUACUUGUUUACUGCCGACAAAUCCACUGCCACACUUGAUGGAUUCUUUGUAGAAUUCAACGAUGGUGCCUUAUCGUGCCUUCCUAUCUGGAAAGUACGCCUUGAUGGCCACAAUGAAGAUCACCAGUUAAUUGCUAUUGCUGCGAAAAACCCACUAGAGCAUGUGCACUCCCAAGGACGUGUGCUAGCAGAUCGUUCUGUUCUAUAUAAAUAUAUCAAUCCAAAUUUGAUUGCUGCGAUAACACAAGCAACCGAUCCCACACAUAAAUACUUACUGAACACCUAUCUUAUCGAUGCUGUCUCUGGUUUAAUUGUAUUUUCUAUGACACAUCGCAGAGCGCGCGUGCCAGUGCAUAUUGUGCAUUCGGAAAAUUGGCUUGCAUAUUCGUACUAUAACGACAAAGUGCGUCGGACUGAAAUAACAACAAUUGAAUUAUAUGAGGGUAAAAUCCAGGCUAAUAGUACAGUUUGGAGUUCGAUGAAUGCGCCACCAAUGCCCAUGGUGGAACGGCAGUCCUACAUUGUGCCCACUAUUGUGGAGACGAUGCGCGAAACUAUUACCGAGCGUGGCAUUACAAAUAAACACGUGUUGAUCGGUACGACGAGUGGCGCUAUUAUUGAGAUGCCUUGGGCUUUACUUGAUCCACGUCGUCCAAUCACUUCUAAUACACAGGGCCGCGAAGAGGGCGCAAUACCUUACAUUCCCGAAUUGCCAUUGCCAACGGAAAAUAUUAUCAACUACAAUCAGACAAUUGCACGAUUGAGUAAUAUUUUCACCGCACCCAGCGGACUGGAGAGUACAUGCUUGGUUCUGGCGACUGGUUUAGAUAUGUUCGUUACUCGCGUUGCACCAUCGAAAACAUUUGAUUUGCUUAAAGAAGAUUUUGAUUACAUUUUAAUUACUGUUGUGUUGUUGGCACUAACAAGCGGCUCAUUAGUGGCGAAACAUCUGGC